UUCAUUUAAUUUUAAAACUAAUCCUUAUCUUAAAUACAAAGGAAAUGAAACUUUUAAAACGUAAAACGUUUUUAAAUUAGUAGAUCGUAGAGAACCAAAGGCUUGUCACUUGACUUGAUAUUACUGUCAAACAAAUCUGUCAUAACAAAAAUGGCGGACGACGACGAAAUUGACAUUUUAGGAGAUUUCUCUUUUAAUUCUUGUUUUGCUCAAAACAAUCAAGGAAUCCCUUCGUGUUCCAAUAGAGAAGACACGGUGCACCCACAAUGGCUACUCGACUCCACAGAGACGAACUGGUACGAUAAACAAAAUAAUAGGCUAAAAGAAGGUUCACCGAGGAAGCUGUAUGGGAACAAUUCUUCAGAUAAGCACGUAAAUGAUGUUCACACAGCAUGGAGUGCCAGGGAGAGAGAUAUUCUUAUCAAAGAAAUGGCUAAAUAUGGGAGAAAUGUACGAAAAAUAUCACAAACAUUGAAAUCAAAGACUGAAGCUGAGAUACAGGCAUUGAUAGAGGCUGAGUAUGGUGUUAAUUUGGAGACUCCAUCAUUUGGACUGGAUAAACCAGAGGACCACGAGGACAUACCAGCUGUAGUCCAGGAAGAAAUAGUUACAGAUGACAUGACUACCAUAAAUAAUGUUAUCAACAUGGUCACUACCGGAGCACCCACUAUUAAUGUACCAAAGAAACCUUUCCGGAAGAAAAACACAAAUUCUAAAAGUCUCCUGAAACCAGAUGUUUUGAAUGACAAGAAGGCUGAGUUAAUGGCAAUAAAUCCAGCAGAAAUAUUGUAUGAGGAUGAUCUUAUAAUAGGGUCGACGGAAUCUAUUGGUUCUGACCUAGACCUGACUGACAUUGUCUCUAAGAAUAUAGUUAAGUAUCAGGCGAAAGUAAAGGCUGAGAAAAAGAUUGGUAACCAUAGGAGAAAAAGGUCCAGGAAUUAUGAUAAAGGAACAACUAGGAAUAAAAGUAAGGAGUUGUUGAAGUCACCCUUGGGAAGACAGAGGAAGGAUUCUAGUUUGUCUGAGGACAGUGUCAAGAGUCCUAAAAUGCAGAUUGUUUUAGGUUCUGGACAAGCUUUGCCUGUUUCUGAAGGGGAGCAAGUGAUAAAAAUAGAGAAGAAGAAAGACUCGGAACCAGAGAGUGACAUAGAGAUAGAUGUGGACAGUGACAGUGAGAGCAGCACACACAAGUCUACUCCUACCAAGGAACCGAGGGAUAGGGCUACAGAGGAACCUAUAGCUGUGCCACUCAGUAGGUUCGAACCCAUGCCCAAAAGACCUAAAAAGAUUAAUCUGGAUGGUGGUGGUGGCUAUACCAUAAUGCACACGGAAUCAGGCGACUUGGUAGCGCUGGGCGCGGAGCCACGCCGGGGCCGUGCGCCGCGCAAGAUGCCCGUGCAACUGCUACACUGCCGGGUUUAUAAUGCUGAGAAACCAGCCCCGUUCGAGGUGCGUGUGCACGUGUCGACCCUGGUCCUGAUGGACGGGCACGCGCACACGUCCCGCGGCGAGGUGAUGGGGCUGCUGGGGGGCGAGUUCAGCGCCGCCGCCCCGCCGCUGCUCACUGUCUCAGCUUACAGACCGGCCGCCGCCGCCGCGGGUAGCACGCACUGUGAUAUGGAUCCAGUAUCACAGUCCAUGGCGGCCGAGUCCCUCCGUAGUGCGGGCACGCUAGUGUGUGGCUGGCACCACUCGCACCCCCAGUUCCCGGCGGCGCCGUCGGCGCAGGACCUGGUGUCGCAGCGCGGCCUGCAGCAGGCGCUGGAGUGGACGCACGUACCGUUCCUCGGGUUCAUCACCUCGCAACACUGGCCCACGGGCAGGACGGCUUCACAGUACCGAUGUAUUCGGGUGGAAGACGAACAAGACGCAGAGCUCCCCACAGGAUACCAGCUCAGUGUGAAGUUGGUACCAGAUCUCACUGCAAACAAUCUGACGAGUUUCCUUCAAGAACUGCGCACUGUCAUGGUGGACAACCUCAGUAGUAACGAGUUCAGCGUUGAUGUCGUCAAGGACAUCUGUCCGCAGGCCAAGAUCACAUAUUUAGAAAAAUGCAUAUCAAGUGCAUCACAUCACAUGCGGUCGGCAGGAUACGAAGAGUCCGACCCACUCGUGCAACAACUCAUGCAAGGGAUAAGAGAUGUCUUCAGAUAGACACAGAAUCACAGAUUGUAUGGAAUUAAUUACCUUUAUUACUGUGUUUAGAUUCAAGGCGAAACAGGAGCAAUUACUAGUUGUUCUAAUUUAUAGUUAAUUUUUAUAUAGUUAACUAUGUAUGUAGUCUUGUUGAAGUUUUGAAUUCCUGUAUGUAGAAUUGUUUCUAGUGCCUACACCAUACUUCGACUACCUAUUUUAUACUUUAGAUUUCACAGUAGCUAGAUUUCAAUAAAUAACUAUUUUAAUAUGAUUUGGUAGGACUGUCUAUGUAAAUACAGUGCUAUAUUGUGAUAUAAAGAAGUUAUAGAAGUUUUUAGCAAUUCUUUGUAUAAUAAUUACCUCUCAAUUUCCUUCAUAGAGCUUUGUAUAUGGGAGAGAAUAUUAUUUAUUGAAUUAAUUACAAUACUAAUGUGAUGUCAUCACAAUGUAUUUCAUUUUAAUAUAGUCCAGUAGUGGACUCUCCUUGAAUGUUGAUGAUAAUUUGAAGUGUCUUGUCUGUUCCUGUUCUUAAUUGGUUAAAUUGGCAACUUGUUUUUUUAAGACAAUGAUCAAAGAUUGAUUUUGGAAGGAACACUGCGUAAAAUAAUUUGAUUUUACCUUUUAGACAAUGGUGCCCUUAAACAUUUUAAGUUUAUUUUGAAAUUAUUAUUAUUGAUAUAAGUUUAAUUUAUUGAAUAUUGGUAUAAUUGUUAGUAAAGUAAUAUAUUAUUUGGCUAUUCAAUAUCGUUUUAUAAGAUCAUUAACUGUUGUAACGAGCUUUUUGCAUUCUAAACUGUCCUUCAUAAGUUUAAUUCGCCGGUUCCAGUGGCGAUUGAUUGUAAAAUUUUCCAAUGGAUAAAAUAAGUGGCGUAUGCCUUAUCAAUCUUGUGAACAAAACAAAUAAAUUGCUAUAUUCUUCA